AUGGCCAGUAAGGGCAGGGACCAGCAGCCCAUAAUAGUUCAUGGACCAACUGACCAGCCAUCAGCAAUGGCCAGUAAGCGGAGGGACCAGCAGCCAACCAUGGUCUGUGGACCAACUAACCAGCCAUCAGCAAUGGCCAGUGAGCGGAGGGACCAUCAGCCAACCAUGGACUGUGGACCAACUAACCAGCCAUCAGCAAUGGCCAGUAAGGGCAGGGACCAGCAGCCCAUAAUAGUUUCUGGACCAACUGACCAGCCUUCUACCACAAACCAGAAACACUGGGGUCUACCAUCGGUGGAGCAGGAGCUAAGACAUCAUAAAUCAAGUCAAAAAAAAGUUUCCUGUCCUAAAUGUAAUGUGACAUUAUACUUGAAAAAUUUACAACGACACAUACGAAGAAAGCAUAGAACUGAAAAAAUUGACGUGUGUGCAGAUCGCCACCUUGCCAGCCAGUGCAUUGAUGCAAGAAAUGGUAUUUUUGCAGUUGCCAAAAAUUUCUGUGGGCCACCUGUUCCUGUUCAUGUUAAACAAAAGCUGAGAGGUCCAAGUGAAUGUGAGAUGGAUGACUGCUCUUUGUUUUAUGAUGUAGCAGGUAGGAGUGGGCAUCAAGCAUUUAGAUGUUCUCACCUAAGGUCACUUGACUUUUGUUCAUCUCCCUCAAACACCUGUCAUCUUGAGGAGGACACAUUGAGUGAGCUUGUAAAGCAAAAAUGGUUUACAGAUAACAAGAAAGAGAUGUGUCUUGCUCGACUAAAGGAGGCAACAGACCAAAGUGCUCCACUUGCUGUGGGUGUUAAAAUUGGGCCACCCAAAAAGCAUUAUGUGUCUGUCUUGGAGAACAAACCAUCAUAUUACAGUCGAUUGGGAAGGGUGAUGGUUAUGUAUGAUGCCCAGAGAAACAGCUGGCAUUGUCCCUGUGUUAAUGCACGUAUGUCUUGCCCACAUAAGUAUAUCGCAAAGUGGUUCCUCUUUCAAACUAAUAGACACCUUUUUAAAAAUGUCAAAUCAACUGGAACAGAAGAAGAUAACUUGGAUGGUCAUCAAGAAGAUGACAAGGAAAAGAUGGAAAAGCCGCUUGGACUUGGAAAAGAACUUUUGCAGAGAAUUUUAAAGUAUAUCAUGGAUAAAAAACGGUAUCCAACAAGUUUUCCUGAAAAUCUUUGCAAAGGAGUGUUUGAUCCUCCCCCACCAAAGCAUAUUGUACCAUCAGAAAAGUUCUGCACUGAAUGUGGUUAUAACUUGCCUCUAAGUGACCCCAUCCUUAUCACAGCAAAAGCUAAGAUUGAAUAA